AAUCCUUUUCACAGUUUAGUGGGCUAACUUUGCAGCACUUGCAUCUUAUUUGGCACAUAUGUGUAGGAUCUUUUCUCCUGGCAACCACUGAUCGAUAUGUGCAUUCUCCAAAGAACACACCCUCAAACACCACUAAACGAAUUACGUGAUGUUUAUCCGGAUCGUACUAUAAGGAGUAUUAAACAUCGUAGGAUCUAGGUGAUUCAUUUACAUUCAAAGGAGAUCAGAAGAAGCUGAAAAGGCUAAUUCCAAGAUUUGCUUCUCUGAAAUCCUGCUCCUUGCCCUUAGUGUCCACACUGAGUAUUAUGACUCGGAUUUGCUCCUCAUGUUCCCUUUUCCUUCCUCCUCUUUUGCCAUCCGAGAUAACUUUCUCCCUCCUUUGGAAGAAAGGAAACCAUGAGCAAUGCCUGAUAUUUAUAUAGCCGCGUAUUCGCUGGCCAAUCUAACCGAGUUCUCUGCAUCGAACACUUCAGCAUCCGGCAACCAUGGCCUCUCAGCCUCCUGUCACUACGGGCUUUGAAGAGGAGUGCAGAGAGAUCCACGACGCGUGCAGCCAACCCCGACGCUUGGGCCUCCUCCUGGCUCCCCGGAGCCCGUCCGAGAGACAGCAGAUCAGGGCGGCUUACCGUGCAACGUUCGGCGAGGACCUCGCCGAACGGCUGCACGAGACCCUCGUGGCCAACCAGGAGGAUGAGCUCUGCAAGCUGCUCUACCUGUGGACGCUCGAGCCAGCGGAGAGAGACGCGAUCAUGGUGCGGGAGGCGGUAGAGGGCGGCAUGACUGCGGCCGGCCACCGGGCCCUGGUCGAGGUCUUCACGCGGCGGAAGCAGAACCAGCUCUUCUUUACCAAGCAGGCGUACCUGGCCAAGUUCAGGAGGAACCUGGAGCAGGACAUGGCCACCGAGCCGUCUCAUCCGUACCAGAGGCUGUUGGUAGCUCUUGCGGCCUCCCGCAAGUCGCACCACGAUGAGCUCAGCCAGCACAUUGCGAAAUGCGACGCGAGGAGGCUGUACGAUGCGAAGAACGGCAGCGCCGGAUCGGGCGUCGACGAGGCUGUGAUCCUUGAGAUGUUCAGCAAGAGGAGCAUCCCACAGCUCAGGCUGGCGUUAUGCAGCUACAAACACAUAUAUGGGCAUGAUUACACCAAGGCACUGAAGAUGAAUGGGUCUGGUGAGUUUGGAGAAUCUCUGAGAGUUGUUGUCAGGUGCAUCUACAGUCCCUCCAAGUAUUACUCCAAGUUACUGCAAAGAAGUAUGCAAUGUGCAGCAACCGAUAAAAGGUUGGUUACAAGGGCUAUCUUGGGCAGCGACGACGUCGGUAUGGACGAGAUCAAAUCAGAGUUCAAGAGUAGUUAUGGAAGGAACCUUGCAGACUUCGUCCUUGAAAGCUUGCCUGCGAGUGAUUACAGAGAUUUUCUUGUGGCUGUGGCAGGAGGAUCAGUGGCCUCACGUUGAAAGUAGAGAAAUCCUUGACUUGUCAAUGGAAUAAAAUUCUAUAGUAAGU